AUGUACCGCCAAGCGCCGCCGCCAGCGGUCCAGGCGUUCCCACACGACGUCCAUGGCGAGAUGGCGCGGAUGCGGGAGGCGAUUGCGCGCCUUACGCAGGAGAAGGGCCAGGCCGAGGAGAUGGUCGGGCUCCUCAAUAUCAAGCUCGACGCGUACAACGAGGAGCUCUUUGACGCCAAGUCGAACGUCGCAGUGAUCGAGGCCGAAGCCAACUACCGCUGCCAGCAGAACGAGCUCGCGACUGCGCAAAAGGUCGCCAGCCUCACGUCCCAGGUCGCGUUCCUGCGCGAGCAGAUUGCGACCUCGGAGCGCGCCCACACGCGUCUUCGCAAGGAGCUCGAGAGCGCCCAGACGUCAAUGCUUGUCGAGCAAAAGCGACUGGCCGCCGAGAAGAAGCUCCUCGAGACCAAGAAGCGCCAGCUCCACGAGAUGAGCAGCUCCCAAGCAGUGCCAUCGUCCCAGGUUGCUUCGCAGCGACCGUUCUACCCGUCGCAGCAGCUGCGAACUCCGCCGCCCCGGCCGCAGUCGCCGGUGGUUGCCCCUCGAUCCACGGCCACGAUUGCGAUCCAGACCGAGGCAAUACCCACCACGAGUCUCAGCCAGGAGAAUGCGGAGCUCGUCCACAAUCUGCUUCAAGGCGCCGCGCUCCUGACGCUGCUCAACCACGUCUCGUCGUCGGACCUCGAUGGGCCCGAGGCAGAGACACUGCCGCAUCCCGACGCGCCUCGGGACUCGGAGUUUAGCCAGCUCAUGCAGCCCUUCUCCCAGUGGUUCCCGCCGCCGCCGUCGCCGACCGUCGUCAAGCUAGCGCCUCUCGCGCUCGCCCAGCAGCUCUACACGACGCUGUCCCAGCUGCUGGCGGGUGAAAGCACGAGCGUCCACUUGAUUCCGCUCUUGACCGACUACUUGCUCGCGGAUAUUGAGCAUUCGGUGCUCACAAGCGCCUUGCAAGUCCUCUUUGGUCUUCUGCAUGCCAGCACGCGCGUUCGGGCAGCGCUACGCGACCCACCAUCAGGAUUAUCGACCCAAAGCAGCAUCUCUCGCAUCAUGCUGCGUGGCAAGCCGCUGGCACCGACAGCACCCGAGACCGCUCGCACCGACUUGGACAUGGCGACGGUCCGAACCAAGUGCAUGCACGCGCUCACGCGUGUUCUCAAGCACCACGUCCAUCAGCCCGCUGUGCUGGAACAUGGCCUUGCACUCUGGAUCCAAAUCUCGCGGCAAGGGGCCGAGACCUUGCUGCCCGUGCUGCAGGACAUUGUCGGGAGCCCCAAAUCGACGAGCCACGUCCAAGUCCGCGCGCUGAGUCUGCUCAUGCAGCUGCUCCAGACGGAAAACCUCUUUCAGAUCUGGCGCCGCCAGAAACAAUGGCUGCCGCUGCUAUUGCUCAAGAGCCCAGUCAAGCUCGGUGCGCUGCAUGUGACCGUGCAGUUGGCUCUCCUUCAGUUUGUCGACUUUAUCAUCAUGACGUACGGGCUCCCGGGGGCAACAUGCAUCCUGAGCCACCAGCCCGACGAAGCGUCGAUCGUCCAGCCCAUCGUUCGGCUCAUGGAGACGGCCAUUGGUCGCCUACACGGUAGUUCUUGCCUCGUCUCGAUUAUGGAGAUUUCAAGUGGUGUCUGCGUAGACGAAGCCGACGCGGCCCUGCAUUUACAGCUGCUGCGUGCUGGCUUCCAGCUCAUUAGUGCCUUGGAGCAGUACGUGGAGCUGAAAAGCCAAGUGCGGGAGCCCAAGCAGCAAGCUGCGCUCUAUAACAUUCUGCAUUACGUCCAGCGCGAGCUGCCGCGGGAUGCUGUGACUGCCAUGGCGCUCAUCAGCGUGUUGCAGACGCCUGCCAUCUCGUAACUCACCACAUGUGGCGUGACCUCCAGAGCGCAGACUUUUAUCUAUGACACGGCAUCGUCCUUUGCUCGU